GCGCUGCGACUCCGAGGGCCGCGGCGUCUGCGGUGAUGCUCCCGGCGCGCAGGACGCGGGAGGAAGCCGCUUGCCUUCUCUUGCGCGCCGCCUUAGCAGCGCGAAGGGGAAAGCAGAAGAAACGGGCUUUUCUUUUGGAAGGGGAUGAAAUGAGUCGGGGUCCAGGGAGUCCAGAGGACAUCACGUCCGGAAUCGCCCAGCUGGCCGAGUCCGGCAUCGUGUCCCUGGGGGCUGAGGCGCGCGGGCCGUCUCUGGACGUGUAGGUGGCACCUAGGGCUGAGCGUCCUGAGUGGCCAUCGGGUAGGAGCCAUCUUGCAGGAAGAGGGUCCAGCCAGAUGGCCAGGUUCUGCGGGACUCAGUGCUCGGGGUGCACCCGAUGGUUGGGAAGCAGAGGAGCUCAUAUUUGCUGCUGGGGCCCGUUAUCCUUAUGCUGCUAAAAGAGAGAAGUACAACUCAACUGAACACAGUUAGAUAACGUACCUUCUUGUAAAAUAUUUUCUAAUGGCCAUUGCGUUCCCUAUUUCAGUUUGGUUGGGCGAACAGGCACAGAAUGAUAUCUCUGAGCAGAAAGUCUGGUCUCUUUCGCUCAUACUUGCCUACGGCGGUGGCUUUUCUUGCCACUCUCACCCCUACCCCUACCCCUACCCUGUCCCGCCGGCUGAGAACUGCCUAGAGGAAGGAUGCUUCUUACCCGUCUUCUCCCACCGAACACUGCAAAUAGAAACCUCUCCCCCAAUAAUAAGGACCUUGUGUUGCUCAUGAGAUAGGAAUUAAUCCCAGAAAGGGGGAGUGGGCGGUAGUUGUUAGGUUACCUUUGAGUAGAAGGAGAGAGAGGACUGGGAGCGAGCAGAGUGUAUGUGUUCACAUUUUCUUACCAAAAACCCUUUGGAAACUUUCCCAGACCAAGAUUGAGAACCAUCUACAGUAGUCCUCAACUUGGAAAGAAUAUGUGUUUGGACUUUUCUUUUUUUCUUUUUAAUUACAAGCUUCAGUUUUCCUUAUGAAUGACAACAUUGUUAAAUAGUAACUUCUUCAUAAGUACAUUUCCCGUCUUUCAAGCAAGAGAUACCUCCUACAGCGCUAACUUUUUAUGUUAGGAAGGGAAAGGGUUAAAAAUCAGAGAAGAAAGUCAUUUCGUAAAAUGUGACAUCCUUUCAACACACUGUUGGGUUACACUUGUGCUUCUUUUUGUGUAAAUUAGCUGUUUCAUAGUGAGGUGUUGUCAUUCUUUAUUUUCUUUAUAAUACACCAUGAACUAGGAACUAAAACUUUAAAGACAUAGGGAAAAAAAUUCUGGUAGACUCCAGUGUCCCUGGGAAAAGUAAAGGAAAUAAAGAUGGACCUAUGACUUGCCUCCUUCAAGUUAUUUUCUUGGAUUCUGGGGAAAACUUCUAGCCUUUACCUUCCUUCACCUGCCCUUUAAAUCAUUACUGAUAAGACUCCUUUCUCACGUGGACCUCUCACACUUCUGUUCUCAAUGAGCGUGUAGCCGAGACAUCUACGGUUCUUUGGGGGUGAGUGAUCAUGAAUUUAGCAACCUCUUUGGGUAGGUAAAGUUCCACAUCCAGCAUUAGGCAUUGAGCUGGGAAACUUUUGCCCUGCGGCGCCCCCUGUGUCAAAGAGCCUUGGACCUGAGGCUGAUUUGCACCUGCCUUCAUCGGCAACAAUGCCAGAAUCAGUGGGUCAGCCAGGAAGAACAGGUUCUUAGUCUCUGCUCCGUUCCUUUAGAAUCUUCCACCAAUGGAUGCUUUUGUCUCCCAACUGUCAUAGAUAUGCCUCAGAUGGCAUUUUCUGGCCUUUUAAAAACAGACCCAAAAAAUCAUGUGCAUUAGAAAGGCAGUUCACACACAGUAACAUUAUCGGAGCAGAUCUCUGGCAGGUAAUCUGUGGUUUCAGUUUGACAGCACUGGGCAUUGAUCCUGUAAGGCCUCUUAAAGAUCAAAUCAUUUUAUCAAGGCCCAAAGUCAAGUUUUCUGUUAAGCUAGAAAUGCAGUCAAAUUUAUAUAAACUCUUUCAUUUACAAAAGACCUGUUUUUUUCUUUUUUUUUAAUGGAGGUAUAGUCAGUUUAUAAUGUUGUGUCAGUUUCUGCUGUGUAGCAUAAUGUUUCCGUCAUAUAUAUACAUACAUAUAUUCCUUUUUAUAUUUUUUGGCAUUAUAGUUUACUACAAGAUAUUGAAUAAACUUGUUUAUCUAUUUUAUAGAUAGUAGUUUAAGCUUCGUAAAAAUGUUGCUUGUCUAUACCUGGAGAUUUAUAGAUCUGUUAUUGACUGAUCAAUGAGUAAUAAAGACUGGCCUUUGUGGUACUAUGAUUCACUUCAAACACUUUACAUCAUGAUCUGUUUUACAAAAGACUAAAAUAAUGGUCAAAUGAAUGAUUUCUUUAAGAAUUCUUGGAAAAUCUACAAACUACUAUAUACAGAAUAAAUAAAGUCCUACUGUAUAGCACAGGGAACUAUGUUCAAUAGAUUGUAAUAACCUAUAAUGAAGAAGAAUAUAUACAUAUGUUAACUGAAUCACUUUGCUGUACCCCAGAAAGUAACACAACAUCGUAAAUCAACUAUGCUUCAAUUUUUUUUAAUUAAAAAAAAAGAAUUUAUGGAAAAAUAUACCUUUUGACCUAGAAUGGAAAAUACCAAAGUACAAGAUGUUUAUUACAGUGUUGCUUUGAAUAAUAAAGAAGUUGAAAACAGUGUUUAGUAAUAGUAGUAGCUAAUACUUAUUGAAUGUUUAAUAUAUUUCAGGCAUGUUGUAAGUGCUUUACAUGGGUUAUAAUACUAUUUUAAGUAUUGUAGGAAGUUGAACAGAGAAAAUUUUGGUACACGUGUAGAAUGAAAUACCAUAGAGCUAUUACAACUUUGGAUGUAGGUUUCUUCAGAGACAUUGAGCAUAUAAUUUUCCACUGGAAUUUUUAAAGUUUCUGGAACUGUGAUUGCAUUUUUGUAAAAUUGCAUAUAUGUGUCUAUUUUUUAAUAGAGAUGUCUAGAAGGAUGUUUACCAAAAUGUUAAAAUUUUAAGAUCUUGAAUGGUUAUUAUUUCUCUUUGUAUUUUUCUGUAUGGUUUGGAUUUUUAAAGUGAAUGUAUAUCAAUUUAAUAAAAGCAAAAUAUUUUAAGAAAAAAUAAUGACAUAUUCCAAUUUCUCAGGCCCCAUUUUUGAAAACGAUGUCCACCAAUUUUAUGACCCAAUGAAAUGAAAAUAUAAAUAAACAAUUAGCAUCUUUAAAAUAAGGAUGAGAUAUUGACUGUUAUUCAAAUGUCUUUUGGAUUUAGUAAACCCAUGCUAUUACUUCACUAUCUCUUAAAAGUUGUUUAUUUCUAUUUUUUAGUCCCUCCAGUAUUUCUAAAACAACGUUGUUUCUUUUUGUUUUUAAUAAGCAAAUCCAAAUAUCUUGCUUUCACUAAAGCACGUGGGGCAGUUUAAAUGAGUUUAAAGUAGCGCAGUUCUUAAAUGGUUCUAUUUCAUCCCGGUUGAGCAUCUUCACGUGGGCAAAACUUUCGUUUAUUUCAACCACUUAUUUCAGGGUUUUCCAAAAACCUUAGGAAAUCACCUGAGGCACUUUUUUAUUAAAAUAAGAAUUCUGGUUCCCGCACUAGAGCUACUGAAUCAGGCUGGUGGGGUGGGGGGGAUGCUUCUGGUCCACACGUCUUUUUGAAUUCCUCUCUCUGCCCCUGCACUCUGGUUUUUAAUCUCUGCAAAAUGCUUGGUUCCAAGAAGUUACCUGUUUCCAGGCUCAGUGUUUAUCAGUCACCCCCAGAUUUGUUUUUGUUGUUGUUGUUGUUUAAUUUUAAAGCAUGCCUUUACACUGGAACUGGUAGAUUCUUUAAAAUGCAACUUUGAUCUCCCCUUGACCAUCGUCUGACCGCAAAAGGAUUAGACAGCUGUGGAUUGUUCCAUUAUGCCUGCAGGGAACAUGAGAACUUCAAGGAAUUAUAUGUCACACAGAAGAAACCACAUUUAAUGUGACUGAAAGAUGGAGGUUAGAAGGAAGCCUCAUUUCUCACUUUCCUUGGAACAGAUGAACAGAUUAUUUGCAGAGAAGGAAGAAAAGCAGAGGGGAGAGUCUACGUCUUCAAGAAGCUAAGGGACAGAGUCUUGACAUGGCCUGGAAAGCAUUCAGAAUUAACCCCAGCAGGUCAAAUGUUCACCCAGGGCACAACUGGGAAGAAACAAAAGAAAAGUCAAUGUGCCGUCAAAGAGCCGCUUCAUUUUUCUAGCAAGUGACCCGCCCGGAAAGGUCCAAGGAAGCUCUCCCUUGGCAACAGCCCUGAAUUUCCAGAAACGAUUCUGAACCCUGAUGGUCAGCUCCGCUUCUGUCCGGUCAUCAGACUUACUGGCGAGUCUUCAUUCCAGGGAAAUGCACAUGGCGGUGGUGGCAGCGGGCGUGGUGCUGCUCCUCAGCAUGGGGUCAACCUCAGAAGCUCUCUGCUCCCCCAACAUUUUUUACAGAGGCUGCUGGAUCCGUCGCUUCCCAGGUCUGCUAAUUGACCUGGAGGAGUCUCAGAAGCUGGGCGCCCAGUUCUUGAAGUAUUAUUCCGAGAGCACUGGUCAGAAAUGCAGCCGGAGCUGCUGUCUGAGGAAGGAUGUUUCCUGUAACUUGGCUGUCUUCUUCCACGACCCCAUUCAUGACAAUGUCAACUGUCUGCAUGUCCACUGCCCAACCCUGGACAGCUGCAUAUUGGAGCCUGGAACCGGUGCCAUUUUAUACAACAUAACAGACGGUAUAGAUCCAGACUUGCUGGUGUUUGAACAGUCACUGCCCACAUAUCUAAAUACUCGUUCUUCCUCCAGUACGUGGGAGAGGCUAAGGAUUCUAAAAGCUAUGAAUUUAGAUGAACAACAAGCCACCGAGAUACACCAAAUGCUACCGUCAAUGGAGGCUCCAUCGUCAACCACACGUCAAGAUUUGGUCGCAAACACCAACACCACCAGGUAUUCAAAGGAGUUAACCACAGACUCCUGGGCAAGAUUCAUUUCCCUGAACGACGCCACUACCGCAGAGGUAAAUGUGGUGUCACCCAGAACUGCGUUCAUCGGCAAUCCAGAUAACAAGACUGUUUCUCCUUUCUUUGUGCCCGUAGACACAAAACUGUCUCAUAUGCCUAUUCCAUCCCGACUCAACAGCAGCAAACAACUACUGAACAAAACCAAAGGGUACAGCAGCAGAAACCAGACAGCUGAGAGUGAGGACCCAGCAGCUGACGGGGUGCCCGGGACGUCCGCGACGUGGCUGGUUCCUGUGGCCCUCGGCACCUCUGUCGUCUUUCUUUCCUGUUGUGUGGUCAUCCUGGUAUCUGGGUGCUGUCGAAGGCGGCAGGGCCAGUACAAACCAGGACAGAGAAAGUCGGGAUUCAGGCAGAUUAAAAAAUGUACCAUUCUGAAGGAGAGCUCCUGGGAGUAAAAGAUGGGAGCAGUGUAAGCUUUCAAGAGUAUCAUUUUUAGUUUUCCGUAAGACGAGGGCAGUUUGGUUUAAAAAAAAAAAGCACAGAUGCCCAUUCAUACCAAUCUCUAAAAGGCCCAUCUUUGAUAUUUUUAUUUGUUUUUUUGAAUAGUGCACCCUUUGCCAGAGUUCCAGAAUUCUGACCCCUGCAGUGAUUUAGCAUCAUGUGGGUACAGUUCUGAGUGCUGUACAUGUAUAAAUUUGUUGAAUCCUUACAACUCUGAGUUAGCUAUACUAUUACUAACCAUGAUACUGUUAUCACAUUUUACAGACAAAGAAACUGAGGAGCAGAGAGGCUUAAGUUUCUACCUAAGCCCACACGGCUAGGAUGUAGGGAAGCCAGGAUUUAGUAGACAAUCUGGUUCAAAAGUCCAGGCUUGAAAUCACUGUGGGACUAAAAGCCUCCACUUCCCCAAUAAGCAUGGAAAAAAGAUACAGGAAGACACUGUAACAUCAUAUUUGUCUCCCAUCAAGGUCAAAUUAUUGUCACAUAUGUUAAUGAAAUCUUAUAGUGGUUUGAGCAAGAAAACAUUCUAACUAAUUAUAGUUACUAACCUAUGAGCAAAAGUUUGCUGAUUUUUACUUAAUUUUCUGUGUUCAAUUGAUGAAUUUUUCUCAAUCCUAAUCCAUCAUCUUCUUUUUUUCUAAAAUUGGCCUGGCUUUCAGUAAUUAUGGCACUGAGAUCUUUUGAGUUUUCUGUUGACUUCUGCUGAAUAAACCUUGGCAGUUUAGUUCACA